CUUUAAUGCAUGCUCCGUUCCAACUCCUGGUCUGUUUGUUCACCGCUCGGCUGGCUUGGUCCUACCAACCUCCCUCUGUGACCUGGACGAAUCUACUCUCCGAGAAGGACGCCACUACUUACGUCAACUCGAUGCCGAUCGGCAACGGUGGUUUAGCCGCCAGUGUCUUUGUAGACAACAAAGACGAACGGGAGCCGGUCGUGGGAAUACUCAUAUCCGACCAGCGUGCUUGGAAUGAAGCCGGAGAGAUCAUGAAAGUCGGCGAGGUCACAUAUCACUUCUCGCCUAGCCCUUGGACUUCGGGAUCCAAAACUACCUUCAAACAGGUGCUCAACUCCAGCAUUGGGACUGUAUCGAUUGAUAUUGGAAACCCUCCCACACGCAUCGUUGCCUACGUCGAUGCUAACGACGAUGUAUUGGCAGUUAAUAUCAGCUCACCGACAAAGGUUACCAUAACAGCCACUGCGAAACUUCUCCGACCAUCACCGUCUCGACUGAAGCCACAAUUCGACUGCCUCACGUACGAUAUCAGCGCGGAUUUCUAUGUACCGCGCCCUAAUGGUAUCACCGGCGGAUGGGGGCACGCCAACAAUGGCUCCAACUUUGUAGCGAGUACUCUCAAGCAGUUGAACCUUGAAUCAGCAUCCAGCAGUUUUGGGGAUAGAUUGCGUGAUAGGUCUACUGUUGCUAUUUGGAGGUUCUCUGAAUCUAUGAGUGGGGUAUCGGAUGGGGUCGUUCGCACAGAGGCGAAGGUUAACACCUUGUCGAAUCUUAUCUCGGUAGUAACGAGAGAAGAAGGAGCUAUAUCGGAAGCGAUCGCUGACGCGGAAGCACUUGUUGAUAAAUAUAAGCCGCUACCGGCGUGGAAAGCCCAUGUGUAUUGGUGGAAAGGCUUCUGGGAAACGAGUUGGAUAAGCAUCUCUGGGAAAAACGCGACGCGUGUGAGCGAGAAGUAUGCACUCCAGCGUUAUCUCCAGGGUCUUCAAGCACGGCAGCCGUUCCCCAUCAAGUUCAAUGGAAUGCUGUUCACUGCACAGCGCAACGAUCCUGACUAUCGUCAGUGGGGAGGUCUAAACUGGUGGCAAAAUUUGCGUGCACCCUACUACAAUAUGCUGCCAGCAGGAGAUUUUGCGAUGCAACAGACGUUGUUUGAGGCUUAUAAGCGAACUUUGAAUGGAACCAUGGCGAAGACUGCUCUAUACUAUCCCCACAUGAAGGGUCCGACUGCCUUCUGGGAUGAAUACGUCCAUCCGCUUAUCGGUACCACACAUCCAGAUAGUUACGGUUGUGGAAGAGCAGGCAGCAUAGAUCCACCUAUCUGGUACGCCGAGGACCGUUGGAAUCACUUCAAUCUUCAAGGAGCUCUCGAUCUCUGUCUUCUCAUGUUGGAUCAUUACGCUUGGACGAAGGAUCGCGAUGUCCUAAAGGCCAACUUGCCUCUGAUGGACGCCGUCAUUAAUUUUUUCUCCCAAUGGAGAACCGCGAAGGAUGUCGAGGGCAGGAUGGUGCUAUUCCCAGCACAAGCUAUCGAGACCUGGCAGUGUCCUGGAUAUAAAGACAUGGUAGCUGGUAAAAACUGUUCUAAGAAUGACCAACCGACUAUUUCCGGUCUCUGGGCUGUUGUCACACGCCUUGUCAAACUUCCCUAUGAUCUCACCCUAUCAGAACAACGCUUGAGAUGGAAGAAGCUACUGUCUGUCUUACCCCUUGUGCCCCUCACCAAAGCUAAGACUGGGGGUUGGAAGUUGGCGCCAUGCGAGGUCUGUAGCCCUAGACCUGCUAAUGUCGAAAAUGCUGACCUCUAUGCUGUUCAUCCCUAUCGUAUCAUCACUGCAAAGUCCCGAUAUAUACAGGUGGGAAGAAUUACAUUCAAAGAGCGUCGCUUUACUUCGGAUGUGGGAUGGGAACAAAACGUGAUGGACGCUGCUCUUCUCGGUCUGGCGAAAACUGCCCAAUCUCUAGUGGUGGCUAGGGCAGAGCUCGGUCCAGCCAAGGGAUACCGUUUUCCUGUUUUCGCACCACACCUGCAAGACUAUCCCCCCUCGGCGGACCAUUACGCUGUUAUGAACAACGCCAUGACGUACAUGCUGCUACAACCAAUGGAUGAUAAAGAGGAGGGCAUCAUGCUAUUCCCUGCCUGGCCUUGUGAUUGGGACGUUAACUUCAAGCUGUGGGGCCCAGCAAAUACGGUUAUCGAGGGCUCGCUCGUCGGUGGGAACGUGACAGAGCUCCACAUUGAGCCGGAGCAUCGAUCUAGGGCCGUGAUAGUGAUGCCGUGCCAAUGAAAUCAAAAUGUUUGUUCAAGGCCGACUCUCGCAAUGCUGUCGCUUCUUCGACUCCACUUGUGCUCAUCUAUGAUUGUAGCUCAUUUAUCGCGUCGCUGCUACCUCCUUUAAAAUAUAUCUAUGGGUCAUUUUCGGGGAUAAUAGUAGCGUUUUCUCAGUGGUUAACUACUAGUGAGGAUGACUCGUAUGAUGCGAGUCGUAUCCUCUGCGUCUCAUCCCCUUAGAAGGAUCACAGACCAUUUUAUUUGUCGCGUCGCAUUGA